GACACUCUCUCCACGUCUGUAUAUAUAUAUACACACACACACACAUUAUAUGUACCACUCUGCUUCUCUUUGUAAAUCUACAACGAUACCCACUAACGAAAACAGAGCAUUGAUAACCAUAUAUACACAUAAAGAAACAGAUUAAAAAUGGUAGUUGCAGGACAUGGUACUACCAUGAAUGGUGGCGUUGGUGGCUCGGGUAACAUGAAGAGCCUAGCCGUCCAAGUCAUCACGGGCCGGUGGUUCAUGGUCUUCGCUUGUCUGCUAAUCUUGGCCGCCGCCGGCGCCACCUACAUGUUCGGUCUCUACUCUCAAGACAUCAAAACCUCCUUGGGUUACGACCAGACCACCCUCAACCUCCUCAGCUUCUUCAAAGAUUUAGGUGCUAACGUCGGCGUCCUCUCCGGCCUCAUCAACGAGAUCACUCCGCCGUGGGUCGUUCUCUCCAUCGGCGCCGUCCUCAACUUUUUCGGUUACUUCAUGAUCUGGCUGGCGGUCACCAAGAAAAUCUCAGCUCCCCAAGUAUGGCACAUGUGUUUAUACAUCUGCAUUGGAGCAAAUUCUCAGUCAUUUGCUAAUACUGGAGCUUUAGUCACCUGCGUCAAGAAUUUUCCAGAGAGUCGUGGAGUUGUUCUUGGGAUCUUGAAGGGUUAUGUUGGGCUAAGUGGGGCUAUAAUCACCCAGCUUUUUCAUGCUUUCUAUGGCGAUGACUCGAAAUCUUUAAUCUUGUUGAUCGGCUGGUUGCCUGCUGCUAUUUCUUUUGCGUUUUUGAGGACGAUCAGGAUCAUGAAAGUGGUUCGUCACCCUAACGAGCUUAAAGUUUUUUAUAAUUUUCUGUAUAUCUCACUGGGUCUUGCUGGGUUUUUGAUGAUCAUCAUCAUAGCAGAGAAGACAGCUAAUUUUACUCGGAGAGAAUUUGCCGGGAGUGCAGCCAUGGUUAUCUUCUUGCUCUUUUUGCCACUAGCUGUUGUUUUUGUUGAAGAACAGAAGCUUUGGAAGAUGAAGAAAAAUCUAGCCUUGAAUGAUGAUUACCCUGUGAAAAUUAUCACAGAGAAGCCAUUAGCGACCGGCCAAGAUCCCACCCAAGAUUCAUCUGCAACUCAAUCCUCAUCAUCAAGACCCGGAGAAGAAACUGAUCAUGAAAUUGUGAAGAACACGCCUUCAUGUUGGAGAACAGCUUUCAGACCACCAAACAGAGGAGAUGACUACACAAUCCUCCAAGCCCUUUUCAGUAUUGACAUGUUUAUUCUCUUCUCCGCAACAAUCUGUGGAGUAGGUGGGACAUUAACCGCCAUUGACAAUCUGGGUCAGAUUGGAACUUCUUUAGGGUACCCUAAAAAAAGCAUAAGCACUUUCGUCUCACUAGUCAGCAUAUGGAAUUACCUAGGGAGGGUCAUGUCUGGGGUAGUUUCUGAAAUUUUCUUAGUCAAAUACAAGUUCCCAAGACCCUUAAUGCUCACCAUAAUCCUCCUCUUCUCCUGCAUAGGUCAUCUUCUAAUUGCCUUCAACAUCUCUAAUGGUCUUUAUAUAGCAUCUGUGAUUAUAGGGUUCUGUUUUGGGGCGCAAUGGCCUUUGCUUUUUGCCAUAAUCUCUGAAAUCUUUGGUCUAAAAUACUAUUCCACUUUGUAUAAUUUUGGGUCUGUGGCUAGCCCAAUUGGGUCUUAUUUGCUUAAUGUUAGGGUAGCUGGGUAUUUGUAUGAUAAGGAAGCUGAGAAGCAGCUUUCAGCUUUAGGGCUUACCAGGAAGCCUGGUCAGGACUUGAAUUGCACUGGGGUUAACUGCUUCAAGUUGUCUUUCAUUAUAAUCACUGCUGUUACAUUUUUUGGUUCUUUUGUAUCCUUGAUUUUGGUUCUUAGGACUAGGAAGUUCUACAAGAGUGACAUUUAUAAAAAGUUCCGAGAGCAGGCGAAGUCCGCGGAGACGGAGAUGACCAUGGCCGGAACCAGCGUCGAAACGACAUCGAUCAAGAACUAGAUCCUAAGAAAUUUUAACCCUAAGGUAGACACACAUAGAACACAUAAGAUGACCAUAAUUAUUAUGUAUCACAAAUGUUGAAGUGAAGUUUAAAGAUUUCAAAUUCUCAUUGAAAAUUAUUAAAAACAAAGUGUAUCAUAUAAAUAUAUAUUAUAUAU